CCAAAUGACAUAAAUUUCUUCCUUCUAAGACUCAUGAGGAUCAAAACAAACUUCUUCUUUUGGCUCUAUACUCUUGUCAUUGUAGCUCUUUCCAUCACCAUUGCCCUGUGCUCAUUCUCACUUCCGUUGACCGCCAUUGUCGCCACUGUAGGUCCUCACGACGGUGCUUUUGAGCUUGGCAUUUUCAGCAGUCUAGUGAAAGAGAGUGGUUUGGAUGAGCUUUUAUCUCUUAUGACUCAAUUUGUGUCCAAACACCACGAUCAAUGGAAGCAUAAAAAGAGUUGUGAUGAGAAGAAAUGGAACUUUGAUUUGAUAUCUUUGUACAAUGUUUCACUUACUUUGACUGUUGAUUUAAAGGGAUGUGCAAAUUUUAGUAGUGUGCAAAAGGCAGUGGAUGCUGUUCCUGAAUAUGGCUCUUCAAGGACCCUUAUCCUAAUUGACUCUGGAAUCUACAGGGAGAAGGUAGUGAUAGAAGCCAACAAAACAAACUUGAUAAUUCAAGGUCAAAGUUAUCUCAACACUGCAAUAGAAUGGAAUGACACAGCCAAUUCCACAGGAGGCACCACUUACAGCUCUUCGGUCACCAUCUUUGCUUCGAACUUCAUUGCCUACAACAUCAGCUUCAAAAACACAGCUCCUGAGGCAACUCCAGGGAUUGUUGGAGGACAAGCAGUUGCACUUCGAAUUGCAGGAGAUGAAGCUGCUUUCUAUGGAUGUGGAUUUUAUGGAGCUCAAGACACACUUUAUGAUGACAAAGGGAGACAUUACUUCAAAGAAUGUUUCAUUCAAGGAUCCAUCGAUUUCAUCUUUGGCAAUGCUCGAACGCUCUACGAUGGCUGUAGGAUCAAGUCAAUAGCAAAAGAAGUGUUGGAGGGUGGGGUGAGUGGAGCCAUCACAGCUCAAGGAAGGCAAACAAGAAAUGAGGAAACUGGUUUUGCUUUCAUCAAUUGCACCAUCAAUGGCUCUGGGAAGGUGUGGCUUGGUCGUGCCUGGGGCGCUUGUGCCACCGUUGUCUUCUCUAAAACAUACAUGACCGACAUCGUAGCUGCCGAUGGAUGGAAUGACUGGAGAGACCCUUCGAGAGAUCAGAGUGUGUUGUUUGGGGAAUACGAAUGCUUUGGAGAUGGAGCAAAUUACAGUUCGAGAGUGCCAUAUUCAAAGCAGCUGAAUCAAGUGGAAGCUCAACCCUACUUGGAUGUUUCAUAUGUUGAUGGAAAUCAAUGGCUCAUCAAUCAACAAAUCACCACUUUGUCUACCAUUUAAUUUCAAAUAAAUCCUCAACUUAGUUUUCACCACAUGGUUAUUUGGAUACAGUAUAUUAUAAUGAGGUUUCCAAACUCUUUACACAUUUAUGCCUUAUAGUUUCAAAACUCCUCUAAAGUUAUGGGUUGGAUUUUUUUCU